AGCAGAACGCGCAUAUUCUCCGAGGCUCACAAAUGCGGACAGGGCUGUAGCGACUGAGAUUUCCCAUCAAAACCCACGGGGUUACCGAAAACAGAAUCAGAGGAAAGCGUUGAUAUGGAGACAAUGUAGAACGCGUAGAAGUUGGCUAGAUAUGCAGCUAAUAUCUGGAUUUAGAGAAGGGCUUUACAAUGUUUUAAGAACUCACACGGUGAAGGUACCCUGCGUCUUCUCAUUCCCGAAUCUACAAAUCGUUUUGACAUUUCAACUUUGUUGAUACACUGCACAUGAUUCAAGUCCAGUUUCUGUCGAGGAUAUAAUGGUUACCAGUAUGCAGGCUGCUGAUGAUCAGACGUCCUGGAGAAGAUGCAGUUUUAAAGAGGACUCCCAGUGAGAGCAGCAGCUGCGGUGGAUAUGAACGGGGUGUCCCCCUCCAGCCUGCCCCUGUCCCUGAGCCUGAUCUCUGGCCAGGAGGUGCCCCCCAUCAGGGUGCACGAGUGCUCCCCGUCCCACUGCGCCACGCCCGGGCCCACCAUUGCCGUGACCUCGCCGUCACCCGGCUGCGGGACCCGUACAAACCCCGCCCUGCUCCCUGCCCUGGGCCUUAGGAAAAAGCUGCUGACCAACGGAAAGGACCUGAACAUGCUCAGCGUCCCUCAGCUGCCGCGGAAACAGGCCCCCUCUCUUCCUGUUCCCGACACCUCCUGCACCACUCCGGAGCUCCAGUCACAGUUUUCAGGCAGCAGCGUCACAGGUAGCCUGUCUCUGGGACCCUGCUGCCGGAUGUUAGGGCGCUAUGGCGCGGCUGCAAACCUGAUGGUGACCAACAGCCCCAUGCUGGGGCACGGCGCGGUGCCCCUCCAGCCUGGCCAGGCCAGCAUCGCAGGUCCCCGCGCCCCACACUGCCCCCCGCACCCCGGGGACCUGGCACUGCCCUACACCGACGCCAGGUCAGUGCUGUCCAGGGAGUCCUUGGCGUCCACCACCCUGAGCUUGGCAGAGAGCGGCCGUCAGGAAUGGCCUUAUGGGUACCGCGUGCUGCCCCCCCUGCCUAGCCAGCAGAACUCCAGCCAGGGGAGCGGGGACGCUGAGCGGUUGGGCGUCCGCCCGGGAAGCGGCAGGUCCGGGGCCACCAGCAUCUCCAACUCGGCCUCCCUGCCCUCCUACCUCUUCAGCGGGGACGUGGUCGGAGGGUCCCUGGUGCCCAGCCCCCGCCACUCGGCCCGCUCGAAGAAACGGGCGCUCUCCAUGUCCCCACUGUCCGACGGCAUGGCCAUCGACUUCAACUCGGUCAUCCGCACCUCCCCCACGUCGCUGGUGGCCUACAUCAACGGCUCGCUGCACUCCCCGGCCUCGCGCCCCGCCCUCUCGCCCCUGCAGCCCGAGGUGUACGGACACUUCCUGGGCGUGCGGGGGAGCUGCAUCCCCCUGGCCACCCCCGGCUGCCUCAGCCCCUGCGCCCCCGCCUUGCCCGGCCCGCCGCUGGCCCUGCCCGCCCCCGAGGACGACUGCCUGCGCAUGCAGAGGCUCGAGCUGAGGGGGGCGCUGGAGAGCAGGGCGCAGCUGGUCAACAUGGUGGUCCAGCACCAGCAUUGCGCUCCGCCCCCGUCGUCCUCUCCGGAGCUACCGAGCGCGCUCCCCAAGGGCUUCCCGCCGGGUUCGCCUCACCGACGGGAACUGCCUGUCGCCAGGACGCCCACCCCCGCGCCUCCCCAGGGUCCCCCACCGCCGUACCACUCCCACCAGCACCUGCGGAGGCCCCAAAAUGGCUUCCUGGAGUGCCCUCAGAUGCCCGCGUCCGACCUGCUGCUGCCCCCCGGGCUCGGUUCCGAGCUGCAGCCCCUCCCUCCCUGUCCUCUGCUGGAGGAGGAGCCGGAGGCGGAGCCCAGGGACUCCAGCAGGGGGCACUGCUGCCGCUGGAUGGACUGCAACGCUGCCUACGACCAGCAGGAGGCCCUGGUGAGGCACAUAGAGAAGCUGCACAUCGACCAGCGCAAGGGCGAGGACUUCACUUGCCUGUGGGCGGGGUGCCCACGCAGACACAAGCCCUUCAACGCCCGCUACAAGCUCCUCAUCCACAUGAGGGUCCACUCCGGAGAGAAGCCCAACAAGUGCACGUUUGACGGGUGUCGGAAGGCCUUCUCUCGACUGGAGAACCUGAAGAUCCAUUUCCGCAGCCACACGGGGGAGAAGCCAUACCUGUGCCAGCACCCCGGCUGCAACAAGGCCUUCAGCAACUCCAGCGACCGCGCCAAGCACCAGCGCACACACCUCGACACGAAACCCUACACGUGCCAGAUCCCUGGAUGUGCGAAGCGCUACACGGAUCCCAGCUCCUUGCGCAAGCACGUGAAGGCCCACUCCUCCAGAGAGCUGCAGACCAGGAAGAAGUUGAGGUCCAGUUCAGAAAUGGACCAGGAUGCGCUGACAGACUGUCUCACCAUCCAGCCCCUGCAACGGAGCUCCUCCCCCCUGGAGACAGGGGGCAACGUGCUGGAUCACUCCCCAGGACCUGCCCAUGACAUAUAUCCAGGCAUGUUCCCGACAAACCAGUCCGCCCACAGUCAUACAGUGGCUGGACCCAUACCCUCUGCUGCCCCGAUGGGACACCCCACCCCAGGCAGCAUAGUCCCUCUGCUGCCCCCUCUGCAAGACUCGUGCAGGUUUACAUCCAUGUCCCCUCACCACCUCAGCCUGGAGACACACAGAAUGCCCGCUCUGCCCAACCCUCGGCCCCAGAACUCCUCGAUGGCGCCCCAAAAGACCGCUGUACCCCUGGGCCAUUCCAGCCACUCAGCUGCAGCCAACAAACCUCACCUGCAAGGUUUCAGUGCUCAGGCCCAGACUGUCUGCCCGCUGCCUUACAAUGCUCCGCCCAUAUCAGCAAAGCCAGGCCCGUCCUGUCACAUGAAGUUUCCCACCAUUGAGGAAGGCGUCGCUGCCUCAGUGCCCUCUCAGUAUGGACUGGAUGCGUUCCGCAGCGCUCUCACAGGUAUCACAGUGUAUGACCUCCAGGGGGGAUACCAGGACUUUCUGGGGGAUCCAAUGCAAGGAAUGACAGACGAAAGCCACUUCCUGCAGGUCACCGCCUUCGACCGCUGCCCCAGCCAGCUCUCCUCCAUCUACACUGAGGGAUGACAGCCUGGACCUGCAAACCGGAAACCAUGCCCUCAUCCAAACCGGGGGGGGGGGGGGGGGGUACACUGCACCCAUUUAAUCAAAGCUAUAUCGGUCUUAAGCACUGAAAAUAUUAUGCAUUGCGUCUGUUUUAUAGCCAGAUGACAGUCUCAUUGCCUUAAGACAAACCCAGGAAUAUUUAUCAGUGUCAGCCUCUGAACUUUGAGGGAAUCUGGUUAAGCCAGUAGUUCCCAACAGGCUCACUACACUGCUGGCUAUGGUUAUAACAGCUUUUUAACGACCCAUGGACAUAAAACUGAGGACCAGAUUAAUGGCCACAUAUUAGUUGCAACAAAAAAAGGAAAUGAAUUUUGGUCUUCAACUGCUAAAAAAUUAUUCCCAUUGCAGCAAACUCAAAUUUACAUCAAACUUACAAUCAGUUAAUUUAAAUUAUAUUUAGUACAAGGUUGUGAUAUUUGCACCUUUUUAUGAACAAUUUAAAUGAUACUGGUAAAUGGCUCUGACCUUACCACUAAAUACAAUUUAUUGUAUCAAUAUGUGUUAGUUCUCUCAAAUAUUUUUUAAGGAUUAAGUUUUUGAAUUUGUAAAAUAUUUUUUAUUGUUAAAUUAUGUGGUAUUGUAAUAGAUAAUUACAGGUACUGAACAUAAAAUGAAAACAUCGAUUUGAAGUCACUUAAUGUUGAGUUGGGCCACCAUUGUUUUUAAUACAACUGGCAGCUUUCACCACAGGUUGAAAUGUGCAGUCAAUUGAACUGCAGUUGUUUGCACAUUUCCCCUUAUACUGUACAUAGAACUUUAACUUGACAAUCUGAUGCCCACUGAUGGCAUUUUUUUUGGUGACAAUGCCACCCCCCAUGAAUUCAAUUACAUUCCAUGCUAGUGCUGCAGCAACUAUUUGAGCCAUGCUUGCCAUAAUCAAGAAAACAAACAUUUAUAUGCAUGUGUAUGCUGGGAAGUGAUUUGCUUAAUUAAUGGAUAACCACACCUGUGUGGUCCCCUCAUUUUCGCAUGUACUCAUUGUCCCUCUUACAUCAAGGCCUUUCCUUUCUUUUAUUUUUGCACACUACACUUAGUUGAAUGUGUUGAUACACUAAACCCUUUACAGAUGGGAUUUGUGGGUGUCUCUUUAUUCCCAGUUAUGAUUUUAAUUACCAUGAUCUAGCGUGGAUGGACCAAGAAUAAUUUCAAAACCAGUUAUGUGAUUACACGCUGGCCUCUGACUUCGAUCCCAACCUUUUUUAGGAACUAUAAAGUUCACAUUCCUCUAAUUUAAGGAUGUUAUAUGUUGGGUUUAUUUGUAGACACAAAUUCCAAGAAAAAUGAAGCACACAGGUACUCAUAUAGUUUAGUCAGAAAAAUAGGCUUGAAAAACCAAUGUUAGAAUAUGGUCUUUUUCCCUAAAAAGGAAUACCACAACAGUAUGCGUAUGAAAGACAUUUUUCCUCCAGCCUGAAUGAAAUUGCUGUGAGAGUGGACUAGGGCGCCCCCUUCUGUAUAUCUAGGGGAACAAAAAUGUCAUUUUUAAGUGAAGUGCCUUCAUUUAAUCAUAAUCAUUUUAAUAAGAAAUGUGUUUACAUUCAGUAGGAAUAUUUCAUGGUGCACUAUUAGUCAGCCAACGAUCAAUGCUGUGUCAUACAUUUGUAGAUGCCCCUGCUAUUCAGACAAAUUUUCUAUGUCUGAAUGCUCUUCUGCAAAGAUUCACUACACACCUGUAUGGAUGCCUGUACAACAUGGAAAAUAUAUUUUGGGUAUUGGGAUGUUUUUAUAUUGCAGCAAAUUAUUUUGGCAUGUAAAUGUGGCCCAAAUAUAUUUUGGGCCAAAAAAAAACACAAAAAAAAGCAAAACAAUUUAAGGGAGUCUUAAAUUAAGUCAAAUGUUUUUUUGUUUUUUUUUAGAGCUAAUGCACCUGCUUGUAUAUAUGUAUAUGUUUCCAUGUUUCCAUGUGUAUUUCUCUCAGUAGCAUACAGUAAUGAAGUCUUUCCCCAAGUGAAAGCACUAGGGAGAAGUUGUCACUAUUAUUUUACACUGUUACAUAUUGUUCUUAUGUAUUUUCAUGGAUUGUAUUGUAUCUGCUGUACCAUUGAAUGCUGAAAGUAGUGGAGUGCUAAAAGAAGAGAGAAGGAGGCCAUUUUGUCUCAGAUAGAUCACAUCACGGCCUUAUGGUUUGCCAUGGAAUAUUGUACAUGGCUGCCUCCAUGCAGUUAAAGGGGAAGACGCAUAUCUUUCCUUUCUCAUGAAGAGCCUGGUAUUCCCAAAGUAAAGGCCUUCCCUGUGUAUAUGCCUGUAUCACCCAUAGAAAAAUCAGGGCAUAUAUAACAGAUGGGUGGGAUGGGCUGUGGGUUUUUCACAUGAUAAGCAUUUAGCCUGCUGAUCUAAAAACCAAGGUCCACAGCUGAGGGAAUUGAUCGUGCUCUCAUUGCUUCUCAAGGGCGUGAGGUCGCAAUGCUAACUGACAUUUGAUUUCCACUACAAAUAUCCAAUUGAUUGUUCACUGACUGCUCAACCCACCUUGACUAUAUGUAUGUGGACAGGUAUACAGAAUGGACAUCACACUUAGUCUCUUCGUAUCACUGAUAAUUGUAUUUGAUUUUGAAAUAGUGAGUUUGGUUUGUAAAAUCCAAGCAGCUUAGAAAAAUUGGAUGCUCUAAGGGUGAGUAACAAUCUAUCAAAUGAUCAUUAUUCAGCUUGCGUUAGUUCUUUAGGCCCUUCCAUUCAGCACAUAGUGUCUUUCUACAAGAGCAGAUAAUGUGUAGGCCUACUGUAUUAUUAAAGGCUGUGAUCUAACAUUAAAAUAAAUCAUAACCUUAGAUAGAUUUUUUUUUUUUUUAAGUCUGACUUUUUAUUGAUAUUCAAUCACCAAACGUGCACACAGUUUUGAGCACUCUUCAUAAUUUUCAAGUCAAUGUGCAAAUGUUUUUUUUGAAAAAAUGUUAAUUCAUAAGAACACCUGUCUGGAACGUUAUCAGCCCUAUUUUUAAAUGUUAUUUGCUCUGUUUCUGUUUUGUUUGGGGCACAGCAUCUUUAAUGGAGAGGUAAGCAAGAAAUGCCAGCUUCAGCUGAUGCCUAGAGAAAAAAAUAUCUUUAUUAAAAAUGUUUAUUGCUGAAAUCAAAAUGACACAAUCAGAUUUUGUUUGUAUUUUUACCUAUUAAAUUUUCUUUGAUGUUUUUGAUACUCUUUAACUGUGUUAACAAAAUCUUGGUCUGAACUUUGUAACUAAUGGGGAAUAACAAAUGCAUUUUGUAUUCUCAUAAAAACAAAAAACAGAUCCAAUCUGAA